AAGAGCAGCCAGCAAGAAGCAUCAGUUCCAGGCUCGGGGACCCUCUCCGGUACCAGUGCCCAUGCACGGCCAUCACCAGUGACGCCUGAGAGGUGAUUCUGCCCUCUCUGGGGCAACUGCAGCUGCUGAACCACCCAACUCCACAGAGAUGGCCGGGGCCUCUGUGAAGGUGGCGGUGCGCGUCCGCCCCUUCAACUCCCGGGAAAUGAGCCGAGACUCCAAGUGCAUCAUUCAGAUGUCCGGGAGCACCACCACCAUUGUCAACCCCAAACAGCCCAAGGAGACACCCAAGAGCUUCAGCUUCGAUUACUCCUACUGGUCACAUACCUCGCCCGAGGACAUCAAUUAUGCCUCUCAGAAGCAGGUCUACAGGGACAUUGGGGAAGAGAUGCUGCAGCACGCCUUUGAGGGCUACAACGUGUGCAUCUUUGCCUAUGGGCAGACGGGGGCCGGCAAGUCCUACACCAUGAUGGGGAAACAAGAGAAGGACCAGCAAGGCAUCAUCCCACAGCUUUGUGAAGACCUCUUCUCUAGAAUCAAUGACACAACCAACGACAACAUGUCCUACUCCGUGGAGGUCAGCUACAUGGAGAUUUACUGUGAGCGAGUCCGAGACCUCCUGAACCCCAAGAACAAAGGCAACCUGCGUGUGAGGGAGCACCCUCUGCUGGGGCCUUAUGUAGAAGACCUCUCCAAGCUGGCGGUAACCUCCUACAAUGACAUCCAGGACCUCAUGGACUCAGGGAACAAGGCCAGGACUGUGGCGGCCACAAACAUGAAUGAGACCAGCAGUCGUUCCCAUGCUGUCUUCAACAUCAUCUUCACCCAGAAGCGCCAUGAUGCAGAGACCAACAUCACCACAGAGAAAGUGAGCAAAAUCAGCUUGGUGGACCUGGCGGGCAGUGAACGAGCCGACUCCACAGGAGCCAAGGGCACACGACUCAAGGAGGGGGCCAACAUCAACAAGUCUUUGACCACCCUGGGAAAGGUCAUCUCUGCUCUGGCUGAAAUGGACUCUGGACCCAAUAAGAACAAGAAAAAGAAGAAGACAGAUUUCAUCCCUUACCGAGACUCCGUAUUGACAUGGCUUCUCCGGGAAAACCUGGGUGGUAACUCAAGGACAGCCAUGGUGGCAGCCCUGAGCCCUGCGGACAUCAACUAUGAUGAGACCCUCAGCACACUGAGAUAUGCAGACAGGGCCAAACAGAUCCGCUGCAAUGCCAUCAUCAAUGAAGACCCUAACAACAAGCUGAUUCGAGAACUGAAGGAUGAGGUGACCAGGCUGAGAGACCUGCUGUACGCCCAAGGUCUUGGUGAUAUCACUGACACCAACACUGUGCCCGGAGGACCCAAAUUGACCAAUGCUCUGGUGGGCAUGAGCCCCUCAUCUUCGCUCUCAGCCCUGUCCAGCCGUGCGGCCUCUGUGUCCAGUCUCCACGAGCGCAUCUUGUUUGCUCCAGGCAGUGAGGAGGCUAUUGAAAGACUAAAGGAAACAGAGAAGAUCAUUGCUGAGCUCAAUGAGACAUGGGAGGAGAAGCUGCGGCGGACAGAAGCCAUCCGGAUGGAGAGGGAAGCCUUGCUGGCUGAGAUGGGUGUAGCCAUGCGGGAAGAUGGUGGCACCUUGGGUGUGUUUUCUCCCAAAAAGACACCUCAUCUUGUCAACCUGAAUGAGGAUCCUUUGAUGUCUGAAUGUCUCCUUUACUACAUCAAAGAUGGUGUCACCAGAGUGGGCAGAGAAGAUGCAGAGAGGCGGCAAGACAUUGUCCUGAGUGGGCACUUCAUCAAGGAGGAACACUGUAUCUUCAGGAGCGACUCCCGAGGAGGGGGAGAAGCCGUGGUGACCCUGGAGCCCUGUGAAGGAGCAGACACAUAUGUCAACGGCAAGAAAGUCACUGAGCCCAGCAUCCUACGUUCAGGAAACCGCAUCAUCAUGGGAAAAAGCCACGUGUUCCGGUUUAACCACCCUGAGCAGGCCCGUCAGGAGCGUGAGCGAACACCUUGUGCAGAGACACCUGCUGAGCCAGUGGACUGGGCCUUUGCUCAGCGGGAACUGCUGGAGAAGCAGGGCAUUGACAUGAAGCAGGAGAUGGAGCAGAGGCUCCAGGAACUGGAGGACCAGUACCGGAGGGAACGGGAGGAGGCCACAUACCUGCUGGAGCAGCAGAGGCUGGACUAUGAGAGUAAGCUAGAGGCCCUACAGAAGCAGAUGGACUCCAGGUACUACCCAGAGGUGAACGAGGAGGAAGAAGAGCCAGAGGAUGAAGUCCAGUGGACAGAGCGGGAGUGUGAGCUGGCAUUGUGGGCCUUCCGGAAGUGGAAGUGGUACCAGUUUACUUCUCUACGGGACCUGCUGUGGGGCAAUGCCAUCUUCCUGAAAGAGGCCAACGCCAUCAGUGUGGAGCUAAAGAAGAAGGUCCAGUUCCAGUUCGUUCUCCUCACAGAUACCCUGUACUCCCCGCUGCCGCCAGACCUACUGCCCCCAGAAGCUGCCAAAGAUCGAGAGACGCGGCCCUUCCCCAGAACCAUCGUGGCAGUGGAGGUCCAGGACCAGAAGAAUGGGGCCACCCACUACUGGACACUAGAGAAACUCAGGCAACGCCUGGACCUGAUGCGGGAAAUGUAUGACCGGGCUGCAGAGGUUCCCUCCAGCGUCGUUGAGGACUGUGACAACGUGGUGACUGGAGGGGACCCCUUCUAUGACCGCUUCCCCUGGUUCCGGCUGGUGGGCAGUUCAGUCAUCUCUGGCUGCAACAGCUACCCUCUUCUCAACACAUGCAUGAGCGAGCGCAUGGCUGCUCUCACCCCCUCCCCCACCUUCUCAAGCCCCGACUCCGACACCACCGAGCCUGCUGAGGAGCAGAGCGUGGGGGAGGAGGAGGAGGAGGAGGAGGAGGAGGAGGAGGAGGAGGAGGAGGACCUGGAGGACGACGUCUUUCCGGAGCACACGCUGUGCGACGGCCAGGACCCGUUUUACGACCGGCCCCCCCUGUUCAGUUUAGUAGGAAGGGCCUUCGUAUACCUGAGCAACCUGCUGUAUCCUGUGCCCCUGGUGCACCGCGUGGCCAUCGUCAGCGAAAAGGGAGAAGUGAAAGGCUUCCUCCGUGUGGCGGUGCAGGCCAUCUCAGCUGACGAAGAGGCUCCAGAUUAUGGCUCAGGUGUCCGUCAGUCAGGAACUGCUAAAAUCUCCUUUGACGACCAGCAUUUUGAAAAGUUCCAGUCUGAGUCCUGCCCUGUGGUGGGGAUGUCCCGCUCGGGGACCUCCCAGGAGGAGCUGCGCAUUGUAGAAGGCCAGGGUCAGGGGGCUGAUGCUGGGCCUUCAGCUGAUGAAGUUAAUAACAAUACCUGCUCAGCUGUGCCUCCUGAAGGCCUCAUGGAAAGCCCAGAGAAGGCUGCCCUGGAUGGGCCCCUGGACACAGCCCUGGACCACCUCCGUCUAGGCAGUACCUUCACCUUCCGGGUGACAGUCCUGCAGGCAUCCAGUAUCUCUGCUGAAUAUGCUGACAUCUUCUGCCAGUUCAACUUUAUCCACCGCCAUGAUGAGGCCUUCUCCACUGAACCCCUGAAGAACACCGGCAGGGGACCCCCUCUUGGCUUCUACCAUGUUCAAAAUAUUGCAGUAGAGGUGACCAAGUCCUUCAUCGAAUACAUCAAGAGCCAGCCCAUUGUGUUCGAGGUCUUUGGGCACUACCAGCAACACCCAUUCCCACCUCUUUGCAAAGAUGUUCUCAGCCCCCUGAGGCCCUCACGUCGCCACUUCCCCAGGGUCAUGCCACUAUCCAAGCCAGUGCCUGCCACUAAGCUCAGCACGAUGACACGGCCUUCCCCAGGUCCCUGCCAUUGCAAGUAUGACCUGCUGGUCUACUUCGAGAUCUGCGAACUGGAAGCCAAUGGCGAUUACAUCCCUGCUGUGGUGGACCACCGUGGAGGCAUGCCAUGCAUGGGAACCUUCCUUCUCCACCAGGGCAUCCAGAGACGAAUAACUGUGACACUGUUGCAUGAGACAGGAAGCCACAUCCGCUGGAAGGAAGUGCGAGAGCUGGUUGUGGGUCGCAUCCGAAACACCCCAGAAACUGACGAAGCUCUGAUUGACCCCAAUAUCUUGUCCCUCAACAUCCUUUCAUCAGGAUACGUCCAUCCAGCCCAGGAUGACCGGCAGUUUCUUGAUUCGGACAUACCUAGGACCUUCUACCAGUUUGAAGCAGCCUGGGACAGUUCCAUGCAUAACUCCCUCCUGCUGAAUCGUGUCACCCCUUACCGGGAGAAAAUCUACAUGACCCUCUCUGCCUAUAUUGAGAUGGAGAACUGCACCCAGCCAGCUGUCAUCACCAAGGACUUCUGCAUGGUUUUCUACUCUCGUGACGCCAAGCUACCUGCUUCACGCUCCAUUCGCAACCUGUUUGGCAGUGGGAGCCUUCGGGCCACAGAAGGCAACCGUGUGACUGGUGUGUAUGAGCUCAGCCUUUGCCACGUGGCUGACGCAGGCAGCCCAGGGAUGCAGCGCCGGCGCCGGCGGGUGCUGGACACAUCAGUAGCCUAUGUCCGGGGUGAGGAGAACCUGGCUGGCUGGAGGCCCCGGAGUGACAGCCUGAUCCUAGACCACCAGUGGGAGUUGGAGAAACUGAGCCUCUUACAGGAGGUGGAAAAGACCAGGCACUACCUGCUCCUACGGGAGAAGCUGGAGACCACCCAGCGGCCUGGCCCUGAGGUGCUGUCCCCAGCCUCCAGUGAAGACUCUGAGUCCCGUAGCUCUUCAGGUGCCUCCUCCCCAUUGUCAGUCGAGGGUCAGCCAUCACCUCUGGAGGCUCCCAGCGAGAGGCAAAGGGAGCUGGCUGUCAAGUGCUUACGACUCCUCAUGCACACAUUCAACAGGGAGUACACCCACAGCCAUGUCUGUAUCAGCGCCAGUGAGAGCAAGCUCUCUGAGAUGUCUGUCACACUGAUGCGAGACCCAUCCAUGUCCCCUCUGGGUGCAGCUACACUCACUCCCUCCUCCACUUGUCCCUCUCUGAUCGAAGGACGCUAUGGUGCCACUGACGUGAGGACCCCCCAGCCCUGCUCCCGGCCUGCCAGCCCAGAGCCUGAGCUCCUGCCAGAACUUGACUCCAAGAAGACACCCUCCCCUGUUCGGGCAACAGAGACAGAGAAGGAGCCCCAGCGACUGCUGGUCCCUGACAUCCAAGAGAUCCGAGUCAGCCCAAUCGUCUCCAAGAAGGGGUAUUUGCACUUCCUGGAGCCACACACGGCUGGCUGGGCCAAACGCUUUGUGGUGGUGAGGCGUCCCUACGCCUACAUGUACAACAGCGACAAGGACACAGUGGAGAGAUUUGUGCUCAACCUCUCCACUGCGCAGGUGGAGUACAGCGAGGACCAGCAGGCCAUGCUCAAGACACCCAACACAUUCGCUGUGUGCACAGAGCACCGAGGCAUCCUGCUGCAGGCCAACAGCGACAAGGACAUGCACGACUGGCUGUACGCCUUCAACCCGCUCCUGGCUGGGACCAUCCGGUCCAAGCUCUCCCGAAGGAGAUCUGCGCAGAUGCGGGUCUGAUCAGAAAACCUUCUGAACUUCCAGUGGCCCAGACCAUUCCCCUGUCCUUUACCAUCUGUUCUGUCAUCUGCCACUCAGCCCUUCCCCCCACCAGGGGAUACCUGUGCUGGACCCAGCCAUCCCACCUCUGGCGGGUGGUCUAUACCACAUGACAAAUUGUGCCCCAUCCCCCUGGAGGUUGUGCGUGUUGUGAUUUCUUCCAAAAUUGCUCUGGUGGGAAGUUCGGAAUGCCAGGAAGGUCAGAGGGCCUGAGACCCAGGGUAUUGCCGCUGUUCUAAUAUUUUUUUAAGCAUAGACAGACUUAUAAUUAAUAUACGUUAGUUAGUGGCGUUGAAACAGUCCUCUGAGACAUUAACUAUAAGACUGUGUUCUGUUUAUAAGUAUUUAUUUCUAAUGCCUCCAGGUAGGGCUGUAAGGUUCAUGUGGAGCUCCCUUGCCCCAUCCCCACCCCUCCAGCCUGGCCCUGUCGGUUCCCACCUAUGUCUCCAGCCUGCUAGGGGCAGAGGGAGAGAGGGAUAUGAAUAAGCCAUGGCUCCUCACAGCCUGGCACAGGGAAGGUCCGUCCUGGCUGGGUUUGUCUGAGAUGCACCUUGCAAGGUACAUGUGUGAGAAGUUCUGCAAGUCCUGAGACUUAGGCAAUUCAGAAGGCAUUGUAUGCUACUUUUGUAGGAACAGUUCCCAAAAUAGAGCAAUAAGGGUGAGGUGGGCAGCUUCACCUCAGAGUGAGAAGGAUCAGGUGAGGUGUAUAGUCAACCCUCACUAGGCAGACUGGCUCCAGCUGAGCUGUGUCCAGGCUGUUGGGUAGGUGGCUGCGUUUACACAUGGCUGUGGGUGGCAGAGACCAUGGGUGUUCAGAGUUGGGUCUCUGACUGAAGCCUUGAGUGUUGAUGAGCAGAGGGAUGGAUAUGUAGCUCUGGGAAGGUUCUGUGAUCAGCGAUUCCUUACAGUCUACCCAGGGGUGGCACUCAGCAGGAGAGCUGAAUGAGUGAUGUAUGUCCGUCAAGCAGAUGAGGGUGACCUCGUGGUGGUCUUGGUAAAGGGACUCUUCUGCACCUGGGGGAUUUUCAUACCACAGGACCAUUUGGAAAGCCAGAAACCAAACCUCAAGUCCCCAGGGCCCGUCAAGAGCAAUUAUUCAACACCCAACUAUUCCAGGGAUCUCCCUCCACUUUGGUCAGCCACCCCCCACCACCACCACCAAGAUCAGCUGAUGGGUCUAAGCUCCCCAUCACCUCAGGCUGUCUCCACAUGGCACCGACACAAUCUGGAUACUCUCGAGACCAAUGUUCACAGCAUCUCUGCUGUCUGGAAGGUCAUAGAAGGUUCUGGCUUCAAGGUCCCUUGGAAUAGUUACCAAAGGUCCUGCCCUUCAUCCAGGCAUCACGAUUCAGAGCAGUGGCAGGGCUCAUGCUGGAAGUAGUGUGUGCACCUGCCAACCAGUGUGAGCCCAGCGGAAACUGAGAAUUUACCCAUCACUGGGGUCAGGUGCCAUAUGGGUGGCCACCCUCAUGCCUGGCCACCCACAUUCCCAGGGUUGAGGUACUGGUCAUUAGCAUCAAGUGUCAGGAAACCCUCUCCAUGAAGUGUAGAAUAAGACUUAUUUCCAAGAAUCCAAAUCAAGGUGACCAUCCCAGAACAAGAUUAAACCCUAACUAGAAACCAGGUGACCUGAGCUGUCUGCAGUGGGCCGUGCAGGUAGGAGGCUGAGAUACAAAGUGGAGAGAAGACAACUGUGUUCAUAAGCUCGUUCUGGUACUCAUGACCAGGAGGGAAGGAGUGAGGUUGCUUCAAAUUCUUGGUUCCCAAGGGCCACACAGCCCCCAGCAGGCAGAGAGGCAGUCAGGCCUGCCAUGCUCGCUCAGGUCAGCCAACCUGAAGCUGAGGCCUUGGAAGAGUGUGGCUCCACCCAGCAGGUGGGUGUCUGAGGCCAGCCAACCUACAGAGCACCUGUGCCUGGGUCGGGUUGUAGAAAGGUUGGGAGCUCUAGUGCCCACCCCACCCCCAUUCAGGGGCCAUUCCAUAUUGGCCCAAUGCUGUCCUGGCAUUGUCUAGGAACCAAGAUGGGCUCUCUGCUUUUGUGGGAGGUCCUGAGUCAGAACCUAGUAACCAGAACUGAUGGGCCAAGAAAUCCAUACACAGCUCAGGAAACCUGAUUUCUUCAUGCCCUCCUUGCCCAAAAUUACCUGCGUUAUCACGUCAGCUGAAGGUCAUUUGUCUAAUGGCUGUGAUGUGGAGGGAUGGCAUGAGGACUAGGGAUAGGCUCAUGUCAUCAGGAAGAAGUUUUUCUAGCUGAGGCAUCUGUUUUCUGCUUGGUGCAGAGAGUAAGAUAGAUCUGAAAAACCACCUCCACAGACAGUUUGGGUUUGAUACUUGAUGUUGCCAAGGCUGUGACCUCAACUUAGUUUGGGAUAAUAAUAAUCUUUCCUGGAGAGGGUGGGCUGUUUCUGCCUCCUGGGGGAGUGCUAUGUUGGGAUCCUGUGAGACCCUGCCUGGAUAACACUUCUAAUGUUUCUUGCUCCAAGCAACCAUGCCAACACCUUAUUACACACACACACACACACACACACACACACACACACACACACACACACACACAAAGAGAGAGAGAGAGAGAGACAGAGAGAGAGAGAGAGAGAGAGAGAGAGAGAGAGAGAGAGCACUGUACUAAAUGACCCUCCUCCUCUAUCCUGGAGACCCCUAGCUAUCUUGGGAUUACUGAUGUUACAGAUGUGAACAAGACUAAGAUGCUGGUUUCCUGCUCCACCCAGCAUGGGAACCUCAAAAGACACAUUCCUUUACCCCUGGGACUGGAGCCAUGCAGUCCCCCAGGAUGGACAGAUAUGACUGACCCGAGUCUCUCUCUGAGCCUGGACCUCCUGUAGUUUGUCUAUACUGAGGGGCCCCUGCAACUCAGAGGCGGUUUCCCUGACCUGUACAUAUGUGGUUGCUAUGGGCACCCCUGGCCCCUCUGUCAUAACCACCUGAUGUAAUGACUAGUAUCCUGCUGUUUACACCUGAGUGUUAGCUGUAGGCUCUUGUACUGUUUGUGUGCACUUAGGGCUCUGUCCAAUUAAGAAAUAAAUGUGGCGCUCACGCAACACGCA